CAGUUAUAGACUCGUUUUAUUCGUGAAAAGUGUUUUAGCAAUAAUGUUAGCAAAAACAGUUAUUGCCUUAUUAAGUUUAGCCCUAGUGGCUGAAUCUGCCUUAGUUCGCAUACCCAUUAAAAACGUUAGGGUAGCAAAGAACAAGGCCAACGAACUAUACAAACUCCAGAGCAAAUACAACACAUCAAGCUAUACUGCCAACGAGAGUUUGUUCAACUAUAUGGACGAUUCGUAUUUUGGUGUCAUAACAAUUGGCACUCCACCUCAGGAAUUUUUGGUACUCUUCGACACUGGAUCUUCCAAUUUGUGGGUUCCUGUUGCUCCCUGUUCCGCUACAAAUGCUGCCUGUCAAGGUCACAAUACCUAUGAUCCCUUGGCCUCCUCUACUUAUGUACCCAAUGGCCAGGCCUUCUCCAUUCAGUAUGGUACCGGUAGUUUAACCGGUUAUUUGUUCCAAGACAGCGUGACCAUUCAAGGUUUGACAAUUCAACAUCAAACAUUUGCUGGUGCCACUAGUGAGCCUGGCGACACUUUCACCGAUGCCGUGUUUGAUGGCAUAUUUGGCAUGGCCUUCGCCAACAUUGCCCAAGAUGGCGUUUUGCCACCCUUCUACAAUUUGUACUAUCAAGGUUUGUUGGAAGUCCCCAUAUUUUCCUUCUACUUGAAUCGUAAACAUGGUUCGCUCAAUGGUGGUGAAAUGCUUUUGGGUGGCGUUGAUCCUAAUCACUAUACCGGCAAUGUUACCUUCGUUCCCGUUUCCCAAGAAGGCUAUUGGCAAUUCGAAAUAACCUCGGCCGUUGUAAAUGGCACUAACGUUUGUGAUCAGUGUCAAGGUAUUGCUGAUACAGGUACCUCUCUGAUUGCUGUUCCCGAUGAACAAUAUGAGAAUAUACAAGCUGCCAUUGGUGCCGUGUAUAGAGAAGAAUUAAACACAUAUUUGUUCAAUUGCUCCAGCAUUGAUAGUUUACCUGUUCUAAACUUUACCAUUGGUGGCACCCAAUUCACCCUUGAAGGCAGUGACUAUGUCAUUCAGAUGGAGGGACUGUGCUCUUCGGCUUUUGAACCAUCCGGUGCUAACUUCUGGAUUUUGGGAGAUAUUUUCAUUGGUAAAUAUUAUACCAUUUUCGAUAUGGCCAAUAUGCUGGUUGGUUUUGCUCUUGCUGUUUAAACGCAAAACGAUAUUUAGCAAUAUUUGUUUAAAUAUUAAAUAAAAAAGUUUAAAAAAUUGUAUGAUUUAU